GGCAAGCGUGUGCGCAGCCGUUUUUAAUUUUUUUUUUAAUACAGUUCGUUUUUUAUCAGUGUUCUUGCUCAGUUCUAAAGCUCAAGUGUAGUGUCGUCAUGGCCCAAUUAUUGUUUAUUUCCACGAUUUGUGUGUGUUUAAUUGUUGCGAAUGCUCAGUUCGAAAAAAUCUCGAGAAGACUCACUGGGUUUCUACACUUGAGGCCUGGCGGUAAUCCCGAAUACGUGUAUCCUUUCUACCAUCGGCCAAUCAGCAACAACGCCCCGUAUGACCCAUACGGACGACCCUAUCAGAACAUACCAAACUACUAUCCUCGGUAUCCAUACGAAGAUCCAUACGCAAGGCCUGUACAGUUUCCGAAUUCGAAGCCAUAUGAAGAAGAGUACAAUUAUCAAAAUCAAGGAGACUACCAGUACCCCUCAGGAGAAUACAACCAGGAUUCAAUAGAAAAUCAAUACCCACCGUUUGCCAAUACGAACACAAAUUUGAUUAACAACAACAAUGAACAAGAAAUACCUACGGAAAUACUACAACCGAACUAUCCCACGAAUGAAUCAGAAGAUGAAAAUUAUGAAACGACAAAAGCUCCUGAAGUAAAUUUUCCUGAUUCGGAUCAAAAUCAAGGAUUUCCACCUCUGCCUUCAGGAUUCAAACCAAGUGAAUUACCAACGUUAAAACCUUUACUAAACGAGAGCCCUGACCCAUUUGGCUUAACACAGCCUACAUCUGAAUUGCCUAUGCUGAAACCUAUACCGGAGACCGCUAUCACUGAAUUGCCUAUUGUGACACCUGCACCGGAAACCGCCUUCUCAGAAUUGCCUAUGCUGACGCCAGUACCGGAGACCGCCGUCACUGAAUUGCCUAUGCUCACACCAGUACCAGAGACGGCCUUGUCGGAACUGCCUAUGCUGACACCUGUACCGGAGACAGUCGUCCCUAAAUUUACUCCAGACCCUGUUCACCAACCUACAAAGUUACCAGAACUUACACCAGUGCCAGCCUUCGAUUCAAGAAACAGCUUCAACUUUGCACCAUUCCAGGAAACCUGUCAGACUGUAGACGGUGGCAUCGGAUCUUGCUUGUCGAUUCUUGCUUGCGAGCCCUAUGUGAAACUGUUGAAUGAGGCCAGAAGCGGUAACAAUCCAGGUUUAGUACAAGUGCUGAGGAGAGCACAUUGUGGCUUUGAAGGCAACAAUCCUAAGGUGUGCUGUCCCAGACCCGGUUUCGCCUCAGAAGUGCCGACCGCACCCCCCACCCCUGCCCCCACUCCAGAACCCGUUCCAGAUCCGGCGGCAAAGACCACGGACAAUGAAAGUCCCGGUUCAACUUUCUUGCAGCCUCCAGUAUGUGGAUUCAGCAAUGCUUCUUUAGGAAGAGUAGUAGGAGGCGUUGACGCCCGACUUGGUGACUUCCCGUGGAUGGCACUGCUGGGGUACAAGAACCGACAGGGCACUGGAUGGAACUGCGGUGGAUCACUCAUCUCCUCCAAACACGUGCUGACUGCCGCACAUUGUAUUCAUGGCCAUGAACAAUCGCUGUGA